AUGUGUAAUAACGAAAGCCCUCCACCGGCAAAAGAACCAUUAACAAUAGGCUUAGGUAUUGGUGUUGGUGGUGCUAUGGCUGGAUUCUUGCCAUUUGAACACUAUCGGCUCCAAUUAUAUCAUUAUGCAUCAAUGGCCGAAAGACUAAGAUUAGCUCAUCAGUUACAUCCACAACAUCCUGGAGUAGGACAUCCUACAUCUGGAGGACCAGGAUCUCAUCUUGGAAUGUCUCCAGGUUUUUCCGCGCCUCUUCCAUUGUAUCCAGCUGCUGCAGCGGCAGCUGCUGUUGCAAGCUAUCCCAAUAGACUCGCUUUAUCUAUGGCUUUACUUCAUCCUCAUCAUCCUCGUAUGCCAGAAGAACCUAAACCGCAACACAGUUAUAUCGGACUUAUUGCGAUGGCGAUUUUGUCAUCACCGGAUAAAAAACUUGUGUUAUCUGACAUCUAUCAGCACAUUCUAGAUAACUAUCCGUAUUUUAGAAGUCGUGGACCAGGCUGGAGGAAUUCUAUAAGACAUAACUUGUCAUUAAACGACUGCUUCGUUAAAUCUGGAAGGAGUGCUAAUGGUAAAGGUCACUAUUGGGCCAUCCAUCCAGCUAAUUUGGAAGACUUUCGUCGUGGUGACUUCCGACGACGCAAAGCUCAAAGAAAAGUACGCCGCCAUAUGGGUCUUGCUGUUGACGAAGAACCAGACAGUCCGAGCCCACCACCUUUACCAGCAACUCCACCACCGCCGACGGGUCUGGUUGGUCCCCCGGUUACUUCGCAGCCGAUAACGGCCCUUUGGAGUCCUCAACAUCAUCACCAUCAUCACCAAGCUCAGCAGUCCAACAAUCAUCAGUUACAGCAAUUAUCCCCACAAAGUCCACAUUCACAGCAUCAACAUCAACGUCAUAUUCAAAAUCUUCCUCUAUUGAGAAUGUCCUAUCAACCAUCUCGAAAACGUCAAUUUGACGUUGCUAGUCUUCUUGCGCCAGAUGACCAACAAAUCGAUGACGUUGAGUCUGUUGUUAUCAGAACAACCAAAACGCGGAAAUAUAGUUGCAGCGAGGAUGAGCAAGAAACUGACCAUAUAGAUCAAGAUGACGAAGAUGUCGACGUGGACGUUGAUGUGGUUGCUGAAGCAAAUCCACUACCUUCACCUGGCACACCCAGUGCAAGCCCUGAUACCAAAAUGAUUUCACCUAGCAAUCAGUGUGAUUGGAAUGAACCGACGGCAAUAAAAACAACACAACCACUUUCAUCAAUGCAUCUUCACAAUCAUUUGCAUAUUAGAAAUUAUUAUAUUCAAGCAAACGCGACGUCAACUUCCAGCGUUUAA